AUGGCAACGGUCAAUGAGGCGGAGGCGCCACAGCCUAGGAAGAUUGUCGUUAAUCUACCAACUGCAGAUGGAACAUCCCAAGCCACCGUCACUCUACAAGAAAAUGAAGAUGCCAACAAACCACCCCUGCUCCUCGACAUCACCAAACAAGCUCUCGACUCGCCAAAUACAGACACACCACUCACCCAACGCGAAACCCACGUUAUCAUCUCCGUAGGGUCUGGUGCCCGUCAGGCAGAGAACUUCUUCAACACCGUGGUCAAGCCAAUUCUAACCGCCAUCAACGGCGAAGAUGCGGUAUCCAAGAUCAAAGUCCACACAACGACGUCAGCAACCAGCAUCUCCGAUUAUACAAGGACCAUUUUCUUUCCCACCGCAAACAGCGGAACUCCCCUCCGCAUCAUCCUCCUCUCGGGCGACGGCGGCAUCGUUGAUUUAGUAAACGGCCUGGUCUCUCCUCCUCACCACACCACCUACAUCUCCCCCCAAGUCGUCCUCCUCCCCCUCGGCACCGCAAACGCCCUCUACCACUCCAUCAACACGGGCAGCGAACCCUCAACCUGGGGCCUCGCCGCCCUCGCAUCCCCAGAAUCGAAACCCCUCCCCACCUUCACAGCCACCUUCUCCCCAGGCGCCCGCCUCCUCGUCGACGAAGCCCGCGCCGAAGAACCCUUACCGCAAAAUGAAAAGGGAGAAGGCGUCCUCCACGGCGCUGUCGUAGCAAGCUGGGGCAUGCACGCCUCCCUCGUCGCAGACAGCGACACAGCACACUACCGACAAUACGGCGUGCAGCGCUUCCAAAUGGCCGCAAAGGAAGCCUUGUAUCCCUCUGACGGCGGUCCGCCACACGCCUACAAAGCACAUAUUUCACUUCUCCCCCCAUUAUCAUCAUCACCGAAUGGCGAGCAAACCUGGAUAGAGAUGCAGACAACAGAGCACAUGUACGUCCUGGCAACCCUAGUCUCGCAUCUCGAGCGCCCGUUUUGCAUCUCUCCGGCCUCGGCGCCUCUGGAUGCGAGUCUGCGCCUUGUGCAUUUCGGCCCGAAGAGUGCAGACGAGGCCAUGCGCAUCAUGGGGUUGGCGUAUCAAGGGGGCAAGCACGUCCGCGAGGCCGGGGUGAGGUAUGAGAGUAUUCAUGGCCUGCGCAUUCGGUUUCAAGGCCUAGAGGAGGAUGCGACAUGGAGGAGGAUUUGUGUCGAUGGAAAGAUUGUGAGGGUUGAGGAGGAAGGGUGGGUCGAGGUGAGGAAGGAUGAGGGGAGGCGCGCGUUGGAUGUUGUUGUUGCUGUUGCUGUUGGUGGCGCUGCUGGUACGUAG